AUGGAGCAAAAAGAGUUGAAAAGAUUUAAAAAUAGGGAAUUAGAGGAAUUGGCUAAUGAAUUAGAAUUACCCCCUAAAUCUCCUUAUAAAAAUAUUCAGAAACUACUCCGAAGGAAGUUAAAAAUUUUAUUAGAUGCCGAGAAGUGGCAAGACUUACAAAUCUUUCCUAACAGCAACCCUGAGAAAUUAAGAAAAACCUGA